AUGCAGAUUUUUGUCAAAACCCUUACGGGAAAGACGAUUACUCUCGAGGUUGAAUCCUCUGACACCAUCGAUAAUGUGAAGUCCAAGAUUCAGGACAAAGAGGGUAUCCCUCCAGACCAACAAAGAUUGAUUUUCGCUGGCAAACAGUUGGAAGAUGGUAGAACCUUGUCGGAUUACAACAUUCAAAAAGAAUCAACUUUGCACUUAGUCUUGCGUCUGAGAGGUGGUAUGCAGAUUUUCGUCAAGACCCUCACGGGAAAGACGAUUACUCUCGAGGUUGAAUCUUCCGACACUAUCGAUAAUGUGAAGUCCAAGAUUCAGGACAAAGAGGGUAUCCCUCCAGACCAACAAAGAUUGAUUUUCGCUGGCAAACAGUUGGAAGAUGGUAGAACCUUGUCGGAUUACAACAUUCAAAAAGAAUCAACUUUGCACUUAGUCUUGCGUUUGAGAGGUGGUAUGCAGAUUUUCGUCAAGACCCUCACGGGAAAGACAAUUACUCUCGAGGUUGAAUCCUCUGACACCAUCGAUAAUGUGAAGUCCAAGAUUCAGGACAAGGAGGGUAGGUACCUCCCUCGGACUACCAAGCUAGAGUUCUUAUCGUUCGAACUAGGUCGUAAAGCUAGGUUAGGAAACAUCUUCGACAUUAUCGAUAAUGUGAAGUCCAAGAUUCAGGACAAGGAGGGUAUCCCUCCGGAUCAGCAGAGGCUUAUCUUUGCUGGCAAGCAGUUAGAAGAUGGUAGAACAUUGUCUGAUUACAACAUUCAAAAAGAAUCAACUUUGCACUUAGUCUUGCGUCUGAGAGGUGGUAUGCAGAUUUUCGUCAAGACCCUCACGGGAAAGACGAUUACUCUCGAGGUUGAAUCUUCCGACACUAUCGAUAAUGUGAAGUCCAAGAUUCAGGACAAAGAGGGUAUCCCUCCAGACCAACAAAGAUUGAUUUUCGCUGGCAAACAGUUGGAAGAUGGUAGAACCUUGUCGGAUUACAACAUUCAAAAAGAAUCAACUCUGCACUUAGUCUUGCGUUUGAGAGGAGGUUAA